GUUGAGUCUGCUUCUUGCAGUUGUCCGGUGGUGACAGCUUGGUGAUUUUACAGUUUUGGUUACCCGUACACUGUCAGGGUUCCCCAGCAAGGGCAUGUCCCGCUAUGUUCGACUUAAGCGGCGGCUGGAACCUGUCUUUCGCCGGUUGCGGGUUCCUGGGCAUUUACCAUGUCGGAGUUGCCAGUUGUCUGCUGGAGAAAGCUCCGUACAUUAUCAAAGGGGCUACUAAGCUGUACGGAGCUUCGGCCGGUGCCCUGACCGCCUCGAUGCUCGCCAGCCAGGCGCCCAUAGCUAAAUGCUGUCAAGAUGUGAUUGAGGUAGCAAAGGAGGCCAGAAAGAGAAACCUGGGCCCCCUUCACCCAACUUUCAAUCUGGUUAAGGUGUUGAGGUCUGGCCUGAAUCGUGACCUGCCCUCUGACGCACACAUCCUGGCCUCGGGGCGGCUGUGUGUCUCUCUGACCAGAGUGACUGAUGGGGAGAAUGUGCUGGUGUCAGAAUUUAGCUCCAAAGAGGAGCUCAUUCAGGCGCUGAUCUGCAGCUGUUUUAUCCCUAUCUACUGUGGGCUGAUUCCUCCGUCCUUCAGAGGAGUGCGUUAUGUGGAUGGUGGGAUCAGUGAUAACCUACCACAGUCAGAGCUGAAAAACACUAUCACCGUAUCUCCUUUCUCUGGAGAAAGCGACAUCUGUCCACGGGAUAAGUCCACCAGCUUUCAUGAGCUGCGCUUCACCAACACCAGCAUUCAGAUGAACAUGGGCAACAUGUAUCGCCUCAGCAGGGCUCUCUUCCCACCAGAACCCAAGGUACUUGCUGAAAUGUGUCAGAGUGGUUAUAAAGAUGCGCUACACUUCCUUGAAGAGAACAACCUGCUGGUGCUAGGAUGUCCCACUGCUGGCCCUUCCCUGCCAGAGAGUUCAAUCAGCUGCUGUAAGAAUACUGAAACAAAUAAAGAGUGGGUGCUCCGAAGGCUCAGACUUCUGCGUAAACAGCACUGGUGGCUUGAUGAACACAUCAGUCUUCCUACUUCAAUCAAGAAAGUGUUCUGUGAGGCCUGCCAAGAGAGAUCUGGCCUGUAUGCUAAGGUAUCUGGUACGCUGCCAAUGAGGGUGGCUUCCUACAUGCUUAUGCCAUAUACACUUCCUGUUCAGUCAGCCUACUCAGUGGCCCAGAGGUUUGUUGAGUGGAUCCCAGAGGUGCCAGCUGAUGUACGCUGGCUGUUUGGGGUGGCAGGUGAUGUGUAUCGACAGGCCUGGAAAGGAGAACGAGCCAGCUCCUUUAGUGAGCCAUGCCUGAGGAAAUGCCUGAGUGUUCCACCGCUACCUUCAGAGUAUGAGCCAACGCAGAAAGAUAUCCCACCUGCUCUUUCCUCCCUCAACCUCCACAACACCUACUGGGAGAUCCCCAAAUCUACCAACUCGUCAUCCCACCAGAGCCAACCUGCCAUUGUUCCCUCCUCCCCACAACAAGUCUGCUUCUUUGUUGGCAUGCAGGAUGAACCUUAGAGCCAUUCACAGCAAUCAAAUGAUCCAGGACCUGAAUGUGAACAAAGACAUGGUCACAUUUCUGUACUGUUGUUGAGACACGGAUGGAUGGACGGACAGACGGACGGAUGGAUGGAAAAAAUAGCCAAUAAUCACCGGUGCAUAUCUGUUUUUCCCAUUGACUCUGAACACUCCAUCCUGUACAAAGAGUACUGCAUUUUUGUGAGCGAUCUGGAAGACUCUACCACAACUCACAGAUGUGUUUUAUAACAUGGUUCAGUGCACUACACAAAAAAUAUCCAUCUAUAGCCCUACUUGUUUGUAAGGUUUAAACAUAUUCAUAAUUAGGAUUCAUUCCAAUACGUUUAAUCACAGCUUCAUCUCUCUUUGUCUAUUUCAGCAUACUGGAGGAUUUGUACAGUUUAUUCCAGCAAAGAUUUGCCAAGAAGUUCAUGGUCCUUAUCACUAGUUUCAAGUCUUCAUAUUCUAAUUACAUCUCGUUUUAAAAAUAAUAUCAUAUGACAGUGGCUACAUACAUUCUGUUACCAUGACUUCAUUUAGCUAUGGCUACAACUGUAGGAAUAACUUAUGGUUAUUGCUGCAGCUGUAAUAUAAAAGAUGAACAAAGUCACUGUGACGCCAACCUUUGGCUUGUAAAGUCCCAUUAUGAAGGCACAAGCUCACUAGCUAAUAAGUUUACCCCUGUAAAUCCUCCUUUCUGACUCUUAGAAUAAAGAUAAUAUAUAAAAUAUAUUUCAUGUUCUGAUCAGAAUAAUCUGAAACAAGCUAUUAAGACCACAAAAUCAUCAUGAGAGUAUUUACUAAGGUCACAGCAGAGCACCAUUUUCCCAACAAGACAUGGAGUCUUCUUGCAACCACACAAGUGAAUCUAUGGUGCCCUUUAAAAAGAAUGCAGGUUUAAGGCACUUCAGUAUUGGCUUUUAGACCUGGCAUCUGUGUCUAUUUUUAUAUAGAGUCUGUGGCUAUAAUAUGACAAAUCAUGGUUAAAAGCAAGCAGUAGUGAUAAUCCAGGUGGCCUUUCCUGGAUUUACUUUAAGCAAGCCAAAGUUUAAAAUGCAGAAAACAACAACACCAAAAUAGAUAACCCUUCUUUAUUUUCAUUGUCAGCUAUCUUUUAUUAGUAAAUCAGUAUUGGACAAGGAGAGGCUAUUUCAAAUCAUUAGGCAAAGUUAUGUGUGAUGAUGGCUCUGGGGUGAAAGCUGUUCCUGAGACUGUUUGUGGCCCUCUGCCACUACCAUCAAGCGACACUUCAAACUGGCUGAUGACCUGGAUGUAAUGAGUGUCUGAGAAUGUUGAUGGUUCUGUUUUGGCAGCAGUGUCUGUAGAUAUCUUCAAGGGAGGGAAGACUGCAGCUGAUGCUGUUUUGUCCAGUAGUGAUGACCCGUGCCGUAGUUGCUCGCUAGCUACUGAAUAUUUCUGUUUCCAGUGCAACCCAGUUAAAGUCCACAACAAAGAAUUUGUUUGUCCACCAUGACCUCUGUCAUCCUAGCAAAAAGACCAACAACAAAAAAUAGUAGCCUAUAUUCCAGUUUUUAAACAGUAUAUGCAUGUUUUUUAACUAUGGCAACAAAAUCAGGUAGACUUGCAUCUGUAAACUGCUGUGUAGCAUCAAGGCACUACCAUGCUGGAGCCUUUACAUGCUAUUUUUAUAAGACAAAAAAAAUACAGUUUUAGUGUGAAUGAAAACAUGGUCCAGUACACCACAGACAUUAUAGCAAAUCAUAAUACUCAGACAAGCCAGAAAACUGUCUUCAUUAGGUAAUAAUAACUAGAUUACAAUUAACUCUGGCUCCCUGAAGUCAGCCAUCCUGCGAUAGCUUUUAUUUGUAAGUUGCAGCCUAUUGUUUGUAUAACUUUCCAUCUGACUAACUUGAAAGGGUUAAUUAAUGUUAAAUAUUGAGACAAACAACACAAGUCACUUUAUUCACUCACCAAUCACAAAUAUUACUAACCAACACUAAUUUCAGUUCAGUCUGGGCCGUUUUCUGUGUGUAACGCCAAUAGCAGAGGCUACUAGUUCCAAUACUAUGAGAUGUGGUAUAGGCAUUGGGUCAGGUGGGCUUCUGAGCAACUGCCUUGGCAAGGUGACCAAACAAAUGCAGUAACCUUUGGAGACAGGCUUCUUUUAAUUCCCUUCUUUUAACUUUAAAAAAUCAACUAAAUAUGCCAUGGUUAGACCUUCAAAUUUGUUUGUUUCCCUUGAAUGUAACAAUAUGUUAAGCAUUAUGAUAUUUUAAGAUUAAACCACUGAUUAUUGA